AUGCCUGGCACUCCUGAUGCGAAGCAUGAACAUGUUCAAAAUGGAGUCACCCUCAUUCCUCGACCGAGUGACGACCCUCGCGAUCCUCUUAACUGGCCGAUGAGCAAGAAGCUCGGCAUCGUCGCUGUACUCUGCUUCGCCGUCUUCGCAGGUUUCGUCGCUCCCCUUGCUGGUCAGCUCAAUGUCAAAUCACAAUCAACUCUCUACAAGCAAUCAACCGUUCACAUCGCAUGGCAAAACUCCGCUGCCUCAGCUGGGCUGGCUACCGGAGGUUUCUUCUUCGCACCGGUUUCAUUCAAGCUUGGUCGAAGCUCUACCAUCUUUUGGACAUUGGUUGCAUGUCUGCUCACACAAGUGUGGGCCGCUGAGAUGACCCACAAGAACCAAUUCAACAGUUUUAUCGUCUCUCGAUUCUUCUCCGGCUUCUUCGGAGGUGUCACUGGAGUUCUCGGUCCACGAAUCUUGGUCGAUUUGUUUUUCUUGCACCAAAGAGGUCGUGCCUUCACUGCUUUCCAUUGGUGCUUGAACUUUGGAAGUGUAGCUGGUCCAACUCUGUCUGCCUUCAUCUCCUCGAAUGGAUCAUGGACUCUGGAAUUCUGGUGGACUGUUGGUCUGCUUGGCUUCACAGUUAUCCUAUGCUUCUUGUUCAUGCACGAGACAUCUUGGGUUCGUGAGCCUGAAGCCGUCAACGCUCCAGCGCCAGAAGGCUUCGUUGCCAACAGAAUCGCUACCUUCUUUCCUGGAAACAAAGUCACACCAAAGUCAACAUGGAGGCAGACAGGCCGUACUGCAGCCAUUCCAUUCCUCGUUGCUGUGUCACCUGUCACUUUGAUCCUGAGUGUCUUCACUCUCAUCAGUUUUGGUUUCUACAUCGCAAUGAACGCAGUAACACCUGUCUUCCUCCAGAAGCCCGAAAAGAUCGGCGGAUACGGCUUCACCACCAUCCAAAACGCAUACUUCUCCUUUGUCCACUGGAUCGGUAUCCUCAUCGCCCUCGCCUACGGCCACUUCGUUUCAGAUCGUCUCCCACUUUACAUCGCAGCCCGCAAUGGCGGAAUCUGGAAGCCAGAAUAUCGUCUCCAUGCCCUCUGGAUCCCCGCCCUCAUCUUCAACCCCAUCGGUCUAGGCAUCUUCGGCGCAGCGCUAGAACAUCAUAUGCAUUGGAUUGUCAUUGCCGUUAGUCAAGUUUUUGUCACUUUUGGAAGUUUAGCUAUGAUUCCUAUCACGGUCAACUAUAUCUGUGAGAGUUUCGUCAAGCAUCCAGCGGAAGCAAGCAUCACGGGCAACUGUCUGAGAUUACUAUUCGGCUUGAGUGUAGCGUUCUACAUCAACGAGUGGAUUGCGGAUGUGAAUGUAGGCUGGACAUAUGGCAUGAUGGCCUUCUUCGAUGUCUUCAGCUUUGGAUUUAUUGUUCUGUUGAUGUGGAAGGGACAUCAGAUCAGAGAGUGGACUGUCGCUGGAUUGAACGACACAGAGGAGGGAGAGAAAGUUGUUGAGACUGCUAAGUCUAUUGAUAGCUAG